UUGUGGGAUUGGUUUCCGCACGAGUCGCUGGUGUGGUUGCACAGGUACAUCAGCAGUGUGAAGUGUGAACUGAGGUUACAGGACCACAGAGUGCGGGCAUGUAUCCUUCUGCGUGUGGCACUGUAUUGCAGCUGUGCAGACAAGGGAGCAGGAGUUGCCCACCAUGGAUAUGGAGGCGAGAGAGUCACUGGCAAACAUCUAUGUUGGGCCUGCGUGGGGCUCUACCAAUGAGAGCAGAGCCUAGAAAAAAGAAGAAGGUGGAUCCAAAAAGGGAGCAAGCAGUGAGGGAGCGUCUGAAGAAGAAGCUGAAGAAAUUGGAAAGAAUUCCCCCUCAACUCAUCCCUAUUGAGGAUUUUGUGAGCCCAGCCAAGUUUCUUGAUGAAAACAGAAUUAGGAUCCCCCCACAGCUUUCUGAGGAAGAACAGGAAAGGAGGGCUCUGCUGAUGAAGGCCUGGGCUCUGAACAAGCAGCAUGAAUAUGAAGCCGAGCAGAAAGCACUGGAAUCUCUUCUUGAUGCCCAACAAAAGGCUCUUCAAGAGUUACGGUUGGAGUCUGAGGAGCUUUAUAAUGCUGCUGUGCGCUGUGAUCCAGCACUGCUCCCGCUGGAAAAUCAAGGACCUUGUCAUACUCCCCCCAUAACCCAGUAUAACGCUCCAGAGGGGAAGUAUAAUGACAUUACAAAAGUGUACACACAAUGAAAGUGUGCUAUGGACUGUUAUUUCAUGACUGCUGGCAGCAGUUCCCUUAUUAAGCUACACUGAAUUAAGGGCAGUAUCCUGCUAUAUAAGGUUUUCAAUAAUGUCUUCAGAAACGUAAACAAUUUAAUGUGUAAUGUUUUAUUUAAAAUAGUUAUGUUUAAUGCCUUUAAUUGCAACAUAACUGAGAACCAGUGCUGUGCAAAAGACAGCAAAUAUGUGUUUUGUAUUUUAUUUUUUGCUGGUAGUAAAGUAAUACACAGACCGCAUUAUUACACACUCACAGAUUUUUAUUUGAAAUAAAUGGUAUCUGAUUUCAAACUUUUA